AUGUCCGGCCCGGGCCCGGCCCCGGCCUGGGCGCCCACCCACGUGCAGGUGACGGUGCUGCGGGCGCGGGGGCUGCGGGCCAAGGCGGCGGCGGGCGGCGGCGGCAGCGACGCCUACACCGUGAUGGCGCUGGGCCGCGACAAGUUCUCCACCUCGGUGGCGGAGCGGUGCCAGGGGCAGCCGCUCUGGCGGGAGGAGGCCACCUUCGAGCUGCCGCCGCCGCCGCGGGCCGCCGCCCUCCGCCUCACCGUGCUGCACCGCGCCCUCGUCGGCCUCGACAAGUUCCUGGGACGCGCCGAAGUCGACCUGGCGGCGCUGCGGGCCGACGGCGGCCGGCGGCACACCAGGUGGUACAAGCUUCGCUCCAAACCAGGGAAAAAAGAAAAGGAGAGAGGGGAGAUCGAAGUGGAUAUCCAGUUUAUGAGGAGCAACAUGACAGCCAGUAUGUUUGAUCUGUCCAUGAAAGACAAGUCUCGCUCUCCCUUUGGCAAGCUCAAAGACAAGCUCAAGGGGAAGAGGAGCAGUGGCCUUUCUGACACGGCAUCGGCGAUCAUUCCCAGCACAACUCACUCACCUGCUGACAGUGAAGAUGAGUCAGUUGAGAAGGAAAAGAAGAAAUCGAAGUUCAAAACCCUGUUUUCCAAACCUGGCCUGCAGAAGACUUCCCUCUCCCAGUCCAUGUCAGUCCUGCCGACGCAGCAGCCCGUCACUGAGAGGGUUCGGCUUCGGCCCAGCGACUUCCAGCCGCAAUGGGACGAUGAGGAGUCUGAGACCUCUCCAACCUCAGAAAAAGCCUUUGGAAAUGCCCUGGAAGAGAAGUCCUCUCCUUCUCCUGUAUUUAAAUCUCGUAAAACAGCAACUUUGGACAGCAGGCAACUAAACCAAGUAACCACUAGCCACACCAAGAAAGAAGGGCUCUCUUUAUUCAGUGGCCUUAAAUCCAAAAGCGAUCCCGUUUCCAAGUCUAGUCUGUGUAUCAACGGCAGUCACGUUUAUAUGGAAGAGGGCACGAUGAAGGACAACACUCCAGCCUCUUCCCCCUCUCCUCACAACUUCAGGAGGAAGCAGCUCUUUGCUUCAGAAGAGAACCUGUCUUCCAGAUCUACUAAAGGACCUGAAGAGCCGGAAAGAACAUCUAGUCAUGCUUUCUCUGGGUCUGCAUCCUUGGAGACCUUUAAAUCUAUGACUUUGCCAUCGUACAAAUUGCUUAGCAGUGAAGAAUACCUGGAAACCAGCGUUCCUCCGAGUGUCGAGGUUAUUAAAGAGACCAAAAAAACAGACCACAAAAAGUCUGCCUUGCUCUCUCUGGUCACAGGGAAGAAGGAAGCAGUAAAGACCAGCGAUGCUGAGAAUAUUCCCGAUAGGACCCUGCGGGAUGAGGAAAACAAAGUUCCAGAAGAGAAGAGUGAACAAGAGGCCAAACGUCUUGAACUUCCAGGAGAUGUAAGCAGAAGGAAUCCUUCAGAAGACAGUCACCACACAGAAGACGCCUUUGCAAAUAAGCAGCCGCUCAACCCUUUCGAGGAAGAACGGAAACCUGAAAAAGCUGCUGCGCCGGCGAAGACCAAAGCUGUCAAGCCCAGACUGGGCGUGUCUUCAGAGGAGGAAACCAAAGCCACGCUUCCUACUCUUGCACCUGAUUCCCUUCCUGCUUUUCUUUCUGUACACCGUAUCAGUAGUGAGAAUAAUCCUUUUAUUUCUAAAGCAGGACAAAAAGUCAAAGUCCCAGACUCUGAAAACAUUACUAGUUCUCCUGCAUCUCUUACUUCUGCUCCUCCUUUUGCUGCAGAGCUUUUGAAUGGCAAGAACCCCUUUACUCCCAAACGGGACAGGGCAUCCGCAGUCUUGGAUUCUGAAGGCAUUGCCCGUUCCCCUUUGUCCCAUCAUCUUGCAGCCUCUGUUCCCAAAGCGCCUCUUCCUGGGCAGGUCUCUGGUAGUGGUAAUAAUCCUUUUGCUUCUGAAUGGAGGCAGAGCUCACAGGGUCACGGUCCUGAAAGCUCUGUUACGUGGGCUUCCGGGGGUCUCUCUCGCCUACCUGCACCUUCUCUCCCCUCUGAUUGUCAUUUUAAUGACAAUAAUCCCUUUGUAUCCAAGCUUGGGUGGCAAGCAGACGCGCCAGGUUUCAAAGCUGUUGCUAGUUCUUCCCCUUUCUGCCUUCCUUGUGAUGAAGACUGUUCCUCAGCAGAACAGCCUGCUGAGCUGAAACACUCUGGUCGCGAUGCUUCAGGGACCUCUUCAGAUGUGGCUUUAACUAGUAAUGUCAAAGCUGUAUCAGACCCUCUCGGCACCCUUUCUGACAACCCUGGUCUGGCUCCAAAGAAGCAGUGCGAUUCUCCCCAGCUUCAGGUUGAGACUUCUUUGAAAAGUAGUGAGCUCGGCAACAGGAAAUCUGUGUCCUUUCUCCUUGAUGGAUCGGAGGGUGUUACGUCAGGUGAUGAGGAUUUGGGUGGGCAGGAAUGUGAAAAGCGGCGCUCUGAUUUCAGUGAAACGUUACUUAUGGGUUCAGAUGCAACAGGAGAGCAAGGAGGGUUUGCUAGCGAACUGGAAGCAGGGUGCUACCCAUCGUCAAAACUCUCUAGGGACAGCAUAGGUCCCAUCCGAAACAGUGAGACCGCGGUUCAGGGUGGUGUGGAAGUAGGUGGUGUAAAUACUGAACCCUGCACAAAGGAUGGCAAACACUUUGCAUCUCUCUCAAAGUGUAGUAAUAGUCUCUUGACAGAGAUUGGUGCUGAACAGCCACCUUCCCCCGAGAGUGAGCUGAAUGAGAAGCAGGAGAUCUUUGGUGAAAAGAGACGAGAAGAAUGUGCACCCACGUUAGAGCCCCAGGCAACUCCACUUGAUAAAGAUUACUCAUUUUCUCAAGUAGGAUCUGCCAAACCAACCUUGGCAGCUUGCACGCUGUCCCCUCGGGAAGCCGAUGUAGGGAGGGCUGGCAGUGAGGUGUCAGUCACUCCAAAGCCAGCACCACGGCUGUCUUUAACACUGAAAAAGCGCCCACUGGUUUCUCAGGCUGAUGAGUUAAGUGGUGAUGUGCCUUCCUCAGGCAAUGGUGUAAGAUCUGCGCCUGGGCUCCCAUUACCUAAUGAUAAAGCCUCAGAUGCUCGUGGGCGCCUCCCCCAAAGUGGCUCAUUAGAGGCUCUCACUCCUCCAGUGACACUCAGAGACAACAGCAGUAAUAGGCAUUUAAAAAAUGAAGGUGACGAUGAUUUAUUUGACUGUCUUACAAAUUUGCAGUCUGCCAUUCCCGUUGCUGCAGACCGUGGUUUGAAACUGGUUGGUCUUCCAGUUAUUCUGGAGGGAGGCUCUGAUGACGAGCUGCUGGGUGACUGUCAGGAGAACCAUGGUGUCGCUGCAGGUGAUAAAAAUACUUCAGAGACUGGAAAGCAGUCCCUAGAUUUAAUGCCUUUCCAUGAAGAACUGAAAGAGCAGUCUGAUAGCUCUGCUGCAGCCCAAGUAACCCCAGCCGCUCCACGAGGAGGAGGAAGUGCUCCUGGCACUUGUGAGCCAAGCCAACCACCCAUGCUGCCUGCCAGAGUAGAUGUUCACAGUGUCAAUAACCAGGUAGCUGACUCAGACUUAGGUAUGACGUCUCAUUCCAGGGAGCGUAAUAGUCAUUUUGAGAAACAAGAACGGAAAAUAAGUGCAGGUGUUGAGGAGCGUGCAGCGUGUGACUUCUUUGAGCCUUCUGUUUCCUCUUCCUCCCUCUCAAAUCCUUCCCAGCCCUACUCUUUUUCUCAUUCUCUCCCCUCUGACACCCCAAGUCAUAGAGCAGAGUCUCCGAAAAAGCCAACAGCCGAGGGCUUCGCAGAUAAAGCAGGAAAUUCUGGCAAGAAGAAGCUUCUUCAGGCAUGGGUUUCACCCUCUGAAACAUAUCCUAACCAAACUCAGCAGAGUGGUGAAACUAUGUCUCCUAAGCACAGACUCCAUCCUGUGAAGCCAAUGAAUGCCACAGCAAACAAGCCUCAAAGUAAAAACCUGAAUGUCAUCAGCACUAUGAAUGAAAAGCUGCUCGAGAUGAACGUGAAGAAAUACGAUCCUUCAGAUCCUGCCUAUGCUUAUGCUCAGCUAACACACGAUGAGCUGAUCCAGCUGGUCUUGAAACAGAAGGAUACAAUUACCAAGAAAGACCUCCAGGUGCGUGAGCUAGAAGACUACAUCGAUAACUUGCUUGUCAGAGUCAUGGAAGAAACCCCAAACAUUCUUCGUGUUUCAACGUCUGGAAACAAAAAAGCUGGAAAGAUGUAAAAGCUCUCGGGACGUUGGUUGAACAAAGGACUGAAUUCCCACCAGUGGAGUUUGAUUAAUAAGGAGAUGAUGUGAAGUAGGUGGUACCAGUUGUGCUGCCCACAGAAAAUGACCUCUGUCCUGUUUCUGCCUUGAGCAACUCUCAGUUUGGUUAGUAGUUACAUCAGGUCUUGUAUAUGGAGUCCAGAAGUGGAGUCAACUUAUUUAUUUUUUGGCUUCUUUCCAUUAUUUGGGAAGAUUUGUUCAGGCAUCUAAUCCAAAGGCUGGUUGCGAUAGGAAGGAUGAAGGGUUUUUGAUGUGUUUUGCUUGCCAGCGAGGCACUGAUGAUCCUUUAUGAGGAUUUUUGUAACGGUUUUGUUUCGUAGCAGCUUUGAUAGAUCAAUUACUCUUCUUUCCAUAUCUUAAGUGUAGUGCAAUAUAAAAUCUUGUACAGUAGAGCUUGAGGAUUUGAUUGUUUUUAA